AAAAAACAUUGUACACAGAAGUAGAUACAAUAGUUUCUUCCAUAAAGGUUAAAGGUAUUUACCUGUUCGUAGAUCUCUUGAUGUAUAUACAUGUGUAAAUAAUUUUAAAUGUAUGUAUUAUAUACUUCUCCUACUUCCUAGAGUAGUUGUCAACAGAGGGCAUAUUUAGUAUUUCACCUGAACACAACUUAAUUAACCUUCACACAAUCUCGACAACUCUAUCUCGCCAUGCAGUCUGAUAGCGUCUACUCGGAACUGCACAAGAACGUGAGUGUGACCCUUAUCGUUGAUGACGAAUGGCGUAGUUUCAAAUUACCGGAUGAAGAGACGCUUUUACCCCCAGAGCUGUCCAUAACACUGGAGAAUUUCGACGACAUUACCGCCGAAGAAACAAAUGAGGUCGACUUGGCAGAGGAGUUCGAUAAGUGGAACGACCUCGAUAUGGCACACUUUGUACCCAAACGAGAUUAGUCGGAACUUAGCAUCUUGAUCACCCUGCCAAAAAGGGAUUCAAGUAGACUCGCAUUUGCAGUUCACAGCUUGAUGCACUGGUUAUAGUAUGAGGUGUCUUUGUCUUCGGCUGUAAAGAGGCUUCGGCUGUGUCACACACACCUGAAAGCCUUGCGACAGGCAUCUAUUUCUGGAAGAAAAUUUGUGACUAACUGAUGCCAUCCAUGUGUCGACAAGACGUCGGCAGUGACUUCUGAUCUCAGUGAGGUGUAGCAAAUGAUGGAUUGUCUGUAAUUGAUAAUUCCACCUGUGCAUAAUGUCGAGAUUAUGUACUUGAAACUUCGAGAGGUCAGGCUGAAUCAGCUAUGAUUGUACCACGGUUACACCAGUUGGCAAAAGAGUACACGUUCGCAUCACAUAAUACGGAUUGCGUAGGACCAACGUAUUGGAAAUGCCCCUAUAGGACUUCGUCAGCGUAGAUGUGAAUCACCCCUGCGAAUUCAUACGAACACAAAUGUAUGAAAUCUAUAGACAAGGCGUCGAUGAAGCACAUUGAGCAGUUUUAAAGUUGUAUCGCCAUUUGCUAAACAAGUGGAUGUCGGUUAUUGAACGAAAUUGGCAGCCGUCAUAUAUACACGUAGGAAUGUAAUUAAAAUCGCAACAAUAAUAUUGACUAACAUUCAGAAACAACAAAAGGUUCAAUAUAUACACAUAUGUAUAUAUACAUAUACACAUACAUACAUACACACGCACGCACGCACACACACACACACACACACACACACUACACACACACACAUAUAUAUAUA